CCGGCUCGGGCUCCGGCUCGGGCUUCGGCUCCAGCUCCGGUGGCGGUGGCGGGAGCGGGACCAGGUGCCCGCGGCGGCGGCAGAGGAGCGGGAGCGGCGGCCUCGGCAGCGUGGGGGGGACAUGCGGACCGACGGCCCCUGGAUAGGCGGUUGACUGUCCUGCGCUGUGGCUGACUGUGGAGCUAGAGCCCUGGAUGGCCCCUGAGCCAGCCCCAGGGAGGACGAUGGUACCCCUGGUGCCUGCACUUGUGAUGCUUGGCUUGGUGGCAGGUGCCCAUGGCGACAGCAAACCUGUCUUUGUUAAGGUCCCUGAGGACCAGACUGGGCUGUCGGGAGGCGUGGCGUCCUUCGUGUGCCAAGCCACAGGGGAACCCAAGCCACGCAUCACAUGGAUGAAGAAGGGGAAGAAAGUCAGCUCCCAGCGCUUUGAGGUCAUCGAGUUUGACGAUGGGGCAGGGUCAGUGCUGCGGAUCCAGCCGCUGCGGGCACAGCGAGACGAAGCCAUCUAUGAGUGCACAGCCACCAACAGUCUGGGGGAGAUCAACACCAGUGCCAAGCUCUCGGUGCUUGAAGUGGAGCAGCUGCCCUCUGGCUUCCCCACCAUCGACAUGGGGCCGCAGCUGAAGGUGGUGGAGAAGGCACGCACAGCCACCAUGCUGUGUGCAGCAGGCGGAAACCCAGACCCGGAGAUCUCUUGGUUCAAAGACUUCCUUCCCGUGGACCCCUCCACGAGCAACGGCCGCAUCAAGCAGCUGCGUUCAGGUGGUUCACCAAUCAGAGGUGCCUUGCAGAUUGAGAGCAGUGAGGAGUCGGACCAAGGCAAGUACGAGUGUGUGGCGACCAACUCAGCAGGCACACGCUACUCGGCCCCUGCGAACCUGUACGUGCGAGUGCGGCGCGUGGCUCCUCGUUUCUCCAUCCCUCCCAGCAACCAGGAGGUGAUGCCAGGUGGCAACGUGAACCUGACGUGUGUCGCCGUGGGCGCGCCCAUGCCCUACGUGAAGUGGAUGAUGGGGGCCGAGGAGCUCACCAAGGAGGACGAGAUGCCCGUCGGCCGCAAUGUGCUGGAGCUCAGCGGGGUCACGCGCUCAGCCAACUACACCUGUGUGGCCAUCUCCUCGCUGGGCAUGAUUGAGGCCACAGCCCAGGUCACCGUGAAAGCUUUGCCAAAGCCGCCGGUCGAUGUCGUGGUGACAGAGACGACUGCCACCAGCGUCACCCUGACCUGGGACUCCGGGAACUCAGAGCCCGUGUCCUACUACGGCAUCCAGUACCGUGCGACAGGCACCGAGGGCCCCUUCCAGGAGGUGGAUGGUGUGGCCACCACGCGCUACAGCAUCGGCGGCCUCAGCCCGUUCUCAGAGUACGCCUUCCGCGUGCUGGCCGUGAACAGCAUUGGGCGAGGGCCUCCCAGCGAGGCCGUGCGGGCGCGCACAGGCGAACAGGCGCCCUCCAGCCCGCCGCGCCGCGUGCAGGCCCGCAUGCUGAGCGCCAGCACCAUGCUAGUGCAGUGGGAACCACCUGAGGAGCCCAACGGCCUGGUGCGGGGCUACCGCGUCUACUACACUCCCGACUCCCGCCGGCCCCUGAGUGCCUGGCACAAGCACAACACCGACGCAGGCCUCCUCACCACCGUGGGCAGCCUGCUGCCCGGCAUCACCUACAGCCUGCGCGUGCUCGCCUUCACCGCCGUGGGCGACGGCCCGCCCAGCCCCACCAUCCAGGUCAAGACGCAGCAGGGAGUGCCUGCACAGCCUGCGGACUUCCAGGCUGAGGCUGAGUCCGACACCAGGAUCCAGCUGUCGUGGCUGCUGCCCCCGCAGGAGCGGAUUGUCAAGUACGAGCUGGUGUAUUGGGCCGCCGAGGACGAAGGCCAGCAGCACAAGGUGACCUUCGACCCCACCUCCUCCUACACCCUAGAGGACCUGAAACCUGACACACUGUAUCGCUUCCAGCUGGCUGCCCGCUCCGAUUUGGGGGUGGGCGUCUUCACCCCCACUAUUGAGGCCCGCACAGCACAGUCCACCCCCUCCGCCCCUCCCCAGAAGGUGACGUGCGUGAGUGCGGGCUCCACCACGGUCCGGGUAAGUUGGGUUCCACCACCGGCUGACAGCCGCAACGGCAUCAUCACCCAGUACUCCGUGGCCUACGAGGCGGUGGACGGCGAGGACCGCGGGCGUCAUGUGGUGGACGGCAUCGGGCACGAGCGCUCCAGCUGGGACCUGGUGGGCCUGGAGAAGUGGACGGAGUAUCGGGUGUGGGUGCGGGCACACACAGACGUGGGCCCUGGCCCCGAGAGCAGCCCGGUGCUGGUGCGCACCGACGAGGACGUGCCCAGUGGGCCACCACGGAAGGUGGAGGUGGAGCCGCUGAAUUCCACUGCUGUGCACGUCUCCUGGAAGCUGCCUGUCCCCAGCAAGCAGCACGGCCAGAUCCGCGGCUACCAGGUCACCUACGUGCGGCUGGAGAAUGGCGAGCCCCGGGGCCCGCCCGUCAUCCAGGACGUCAUGCUGGCUGAGGCCCAGUGGCAGCCAGAGGAGUCCGAGGACUAUGAAACCACCAUCAGCGGCCUCACCCCGGAGACCACCUACUCCAUUACUGUUGCCGCCUACACCACCAAAGGGGACGGUGCCCGAAGCAAGCCCAAGAUAGUUACGACCACAGGGGCCGUCCCAGGCCGGCCCACCAUGAUGGUCAGCACCACGGCCAUGAACACCGCGCUGCUCCAGUGGCACCCACCCAAGGAGCUGCCUGGAGAGCUGCUGGGCUACCGGCUGCAGUACCGCCGGGCCGACGAGGUGCGGCCCAACACCAUAGAUUUUGGCAAGGAUGACCAGCACUUUACGGUCACCGGCCUGCACAAGGGAGCCACCUAUAUCUUCCGGCUUGCUGCCAAGAACCGGGCUGGCCCAGGUGAGGAGUUCGAGAAGGAGAUCACAACCCCCGAGGACGUGCCCAGCGGCUUCCCGCAGAACCUGCGCGUGAUAGGACUGACCACGUCUACCACGGAACUGGCCUGGGACCCGCCAGUGCUAGCGGAGAGGAACGGGCGCAUCACCAACUACACCGUGGUGUACCGCGACAUCAACAGCCAGCAAGAGCUGCAGAACGUCACCGCCGACACACGCCUCACGCUCUCCGGCCUCACACCCGACACCACUUACGACGUCAAGGUUCGCGCACGCACCAGCAAAGGCGCCGGCCCACUCAGCCCCAGCAUCCAGUCCCGGACCAUGCCCAUGGAGCAAGUGUUCGCCAAGAACUUCCGGGUGGCGGCUGCGAUGAAGACGUCUGUGCUGCUCAGCUGGGAGGUCCCUGACUCCUACAAGUCAGCUGUGCCCUUCAGGAUUCUGUACAACGGGCAGAGUGUGGAGGUGGACGGGCAUUCGAUGCGGAAGCUGAUUGCAGACCUGCAGCCCAACACGGAGUACUCGUUUGUGCUGAUGAACCGGGGCAGCAGCGCGGGCGGCCUGCAGCACCUCGUGUCCAUUCGCACAGCCCCCGACCUCCUGCCCCACAAGCCGCUGCCCGCGUCUGCCUACGUAGAGGACGGCCGCUUCUCCCUGUCCAUGCCGCGUGUGCAGGACCCCUCGGUGGUCAGGUGGUUCUACAUCGUGGUGGUGCCCAUCGACCGUGUGGGCGGGAGCAUGCUGGCCCCGAGAUGGAGCACACCCGACGAGCUGGAGCUGGACGAGCUCCUGGAGGCCAUCGAGCAGGCCGGUGUGGAGCGGCGGCGGCGGCGGCAGGCGGAGCGGCUGAAGCCGUAUGUGGCUGCUCAAGUGGAUGUGCUCCCCGAGACCUUUACCCUGGGGGACAAGAAGAACUACGGGGGCUUCUACAACCGGCCCCUGUCUCCAGACCUGAGCUACCAGUGCUUCGUGCUCGCCUCUCUGAAGGAGCCCGUGGACCAGAAGCGCUUUGCCUCCAGCCCCUACUCGGACGAGAUUGUGAUCCAGGUGACGCCAGCCCAGCAGCAGGAGGAGCCCGAGAUGCUGUGGGUGACAGGCCCCGUGCUGGCGGUGAUCCUCAUCAUCCUCAUCGUCAUCGCCAUCCUGCUGUUCAAGAGGAAGAGGACCCACUCCCCAUCGUCAAAGGAUGAGCAGUCGGUUGGGCUGAAGGACUCUUUGCUGGCCCAUUCCUCUGACCCCGUGGAGAUGCGGAGGCUCAACUACCAGACCCCAGGUUCCAGUGCCCCCAGUUGCCCGAAUAUCUCAAGUAUGCGAGACCACCCACCCAUUCCCAUCACUGACCUGGCCGACAACAUCGAACGCCUCAAAGCCAACGACGGCCUCAAGUUCUCCCAAGAGUAUGAGUCCAUUGACCCUGGACAGCAGUUCACGUGGGAGAAUUCCAACCUGGAGGUGAACAAGCCCAAGAACCGCUACGCAAACGUCAUCGCCUACGACCACUCCCGAGUCAUCCUCACAUCCAUCGAUGGCGUCCCGGGCAGCGACUACAUCAACGCCAACUACAUCGAUGGCUACCGGAAGCAGAACGCCUACAUCGCCACGCAGGGCCCCCUGCCCGAGACGACGGGCGACUUCUGGCGGAUGGUGUGGGAACAGCGCACGGCCACUGUGGUCAUGAUGACACGGCUGGAGGAGAAGUCCCGGGUAAAGUGUGACCAGUACUGGCCGGUGCGAGGCACCGAGACCUACGGCCUUAUUCAGGUGACCCUGCUGGACACGGUGGAGCUGGCCACGUACACCGUGCGCACCUUCGCUCUCCACAAGAGUGGCUCCAGUGAGAAACGGGAACUGCGUCAGUUCCAGUUCAUGGCCUGGCCAGACCACGGGGUUCCCGAGUACCCAACCCCCAUCCUGGCCUUCCUGCGCCGGGUCAAGGCCUGCAACCCACUCGAUGCAGGGCCCAUGGUGGUGCACUGCAGCGCGGGCGUGGGCCGCACAGGCUGCUUCAUCGUCAUCGAUGCCAUGCUGGAGCGGAUGAAGCACGAAAAGACGGUCGACAUCUACGGCCACGUGACGUGCAUGCGCUCCCAGAGGAACUACAUGGUGCAGACAGAGGACCAGUACGUGUUCAUCCACGAGGCGCUGCUGGAGGCCGCCACGUGUGGACACACGGAGGUGCCCGCCCGCAACCUCUACGCCCACAUCCAGAAGCUGGGCCAAGUGCCUCCUGGGGAGAGUGUGACUGCCAUGGAGCUCGAGUUCAAGUUGCUGGCCAGCUCCAAGGCCCACACGUCUCGCUUCAUCAGCGCCAACCUGCCCUGCAACAAGUUCAAGAACCGCCUGGUCAACAUCAUGCCCUACGAGUUGACCCGCGUGUGUCUGCAGCCCAUCCGGGGCGUGGAGGGCUCGGAUUACAUCAAUGCCAGCUUCCUGGACGGCUACAGGCAGCAGAAGGCCUACAUAGCUACACAGGGGCCUCUGGCGGAGAGCACCGAGGACUUCUGGCGCAUGCUGUGGGAGCACAAUUCUACCAUCAUCGUCAUGCUGACCAAGCUGCGGGAGAUGGGCAGGGAGAAAUGCCACCAGUACUGGCCAGCAGAGCGCUCUGCCCGCUACCAGUACUUUGUUGUUGACCCGAUGGCCGAGUACAACAUGCCCCAGUAUAUCCUGCGUGAGUUCAAGGUCACGGACGCCCGGGAUGGGCAGUCAAGGACGAUCCGGCAGUUCCAGUUCACAGACUGGCCAGAGCAGGGUGUGCCCAAGACUGGCGAGGGCUUCAUUGACUUCAUCGGGCAGGUGCACAAAACUAAGGAGCAGUUCGGGCAGGACGGACCCAUCACAGUGCACUGCAGUGCCGGCGUGGGCCGCACCGGGGUGUUCAUCACUCUGAGCAUCGUCUUGGAGCGCAUGCGCUAUGAGGGCGUGGUCGACAUGUUCCAGACCGUGAAGACCCUGCGCACGCAGCGUCCUGCCAUGGUGCAGACGGAGGACCAGUACCAGCUGUGCUACCGUGCUGCCCUGGAGUACCUCGGCAGCUUCGACCACUAUGCAACGUAACUACUGCUCCCCUCUCCUCCGCCGCCCCCGCCUGGGGGCUCCGGAGGGGACCCAGCUCCUCUGAGCCAUACCGACCAUGGUCCAGCCCUCCUGCACGGAUGCUGUCGCAGGCAGAGCACAGCCCACUGGGAUCACAGAGUUUCAGGAGCACCACCCCCACACCGGCGAGUGGGCGGACCGGCGGGCAGGGCCCCUCUCUGUCCACCAGGCCCACCUGGAACCCGCUUCAAGCUCUCUGUUCGCUGCCGCGUCUCUCAUGCUUCUUCUCAUGGGUGGGGAGGGGGCAGAAGCCUCCUUUUUUAUACAUUAAGCGGGGUAGACUGGAGGGAUGCUAGGCUCUUCCCUCUGAUUUUUUUCCUUUGGCAAAUUCUGAACUUACAGAAUGAGCCGCCCUGGGGGUGGGGUUUCCUUUGUUUUCCUCUCUGAGUUCACCUUGGAUCCUUCUUUCCUAUGACUUUGACUGCUGAGGGGCAGGACGCGCCUUCCUAGGGUGGAGCCGGGACCACCAGGCUGAGCGGCCCCUGGCGAGAGGCGGCGCUGAUGCCUCUGCUCCUCAGCCCCUCGAUGAGACCCCGUUUCAGCCAAAUGCAGGGAAACAUGGUGUCUGUUUAGUUUUCGAUUUGUUUUUCUGUAAGAGCCCCAUUUUCAGGCCCCGCGGUUGGCGGUGGGCGAGGAGGAGGCGGGCAGCACAGGUCCCCGUCCUCGCUCCCGUGUGCGUUCCACAUUCCCGGUGCAGAACCACGGACACGGCGUCAGGGAGCCUCGCAAGGUGUUCCUCAUCACCAUCGUGUUUGCAAAGAUCUGAAGAACCAACACCACAAACAUCUAAAAAAAAAAAAAAAAAAAGGAAAAAAAAAAAAAAAAAACAGAGAAAUAGAGGCAUCCCCUGGCCUCUGCUUCAGACCCCCAAGCGGGAGGCCGCUCCGAGUGCCUGGGCUCCCAGAGCGUGGCUCUGACCCCAGCAUUACAGUGCGGCGCGGUGUUUGUAGGCUGCGGGAUCCAGCUAUGUGGCCAAGCGAAUGGCACAGGUGGAGCUGUGGGCCAGGGCCGGCAGGGAAGUGGCUGGCCCUUCAGGUCCAGGCCAGUGGGCCUGGAAGCACAGUCUGUGCUCCGCAGGAGUGGAGGACUCCCCUCCCUGGUUUGCAGCUGUUUUCAAAGCCCCCAAGAAUCUUGCUUUGGCUACGCCCUCGUGAACCAAUGUGACAAGGCUACUGGACGCUAGUAGCGGACUCAAGUCAGUCCCAUGGUCUCGGCUUGCCGAGGGGCAGGGAGAGGGCCUCUUCCUCUGGGCAGUGCUAUCUAGGUAGGUAAGUGGGGCGGGAAAGGGUGCAUAGUGGUUUUAGCCAAGGGUCGCGAUGCAGGCGUCCCCGGAUCUAGCUAGGCUAAGUCAAGAUCAACAAUCAGGGUUGGUAAUGUUGGAUGAGACAUUCAUUUUUACCUUGUGGAUGCUAGUGCUGUAGAGGUCACUGUUGUACACAGUCUGUUUUCUAUUUGUUAAGAAAAACUACAGCAUCAUUGCAUAAUUCUUGAUGGUAAAUAAAUUUGAAUAAUCAGAUUUCUUACAA